CGAGCCCCUGCCAGCAGCCCCGGCCUCACCGCGGCGUUCGCUCGCUUCCAGUUAUGUUCUGGCGGUCACAGACGGGCAUCGUGUACAAGGAACCCGCGGAGAGCUGCAAGGACAGCCCCGUGCGCUGCGACGGCGUCGUCGACUGCUCCCAGAGGAGCGACGAGCUGGGCUGCGUUAUGUUCUGGCGGUCACAGACGGGCAUCGUGUACAAGGAACCCGCGGAGAGCUGCAAGGACAGCCCCGUGCGCUGCGACGGCGUCGUCGACUGCUCCCAGAGGAGCGACGAGCUGGGCUGCGUGCGCUUCGCAUCCGACGAGUCCUUGCUCCACGUCUACUCCAGCGCUGAGAGUUUAGUGUGUGGAGCCUCUCUGAGAAGGCAGGGAGCCGGCAGUCAGUGCCUGGCUGGGGGGACCCUCACUGCCUCUCUCCUCUCCCCUCCCAGUGCAUCGCAGACCGAAUACAUUCCCCUGCACGUCUCCGGCAAGAGCCUCACCGUGGCCGACGAGCGGGACACCAUCCAGCAGAGCCUCAACAGCUCACAGUGUCUCACGGGAAAGUACGUCUCCCUCCGAUGCACAACCUGCGGACAGAGGAUUUCUGGCCGGAUCAUCGGAGGAAAGGAAACAUCCGUGAGCAAAUGGCCCUGGCAAGUCAGCGUGCAGUAUGGGCCGAUCCACAUCUGCGGCGGCACCGUCAUCGACGCGCAGUGGGUCCUCACCGCGGCCCACUGCUUCUUCAUGAACAGCAUGAAGAUCCUUGACGACUGGAAGGUGUACGGCGGGGUCUCGGACCUGAAACAGCAGGCAGAGGGCAUCCCCGUCUCCCAGGUCAUCAUCAACUCCAACUACAGUGACGACCACGAUGACUACGACAUCGCUCUCAUGAAGCUCUCCAGGCCGCUGACGCUCUCAGCUCAGGUUCGCCCAGCCUGCCUCCCUAUGUACGGCCAGCGAUUCCAGACCGGCAGGGCCCGCUAAAAAACCGGCUUUGUGAAGACCAUGGAGAAUGAAGAUAACACGUCCCCGAAGCUGCGGGAGGCUGAGGUGAAGCUGAUUGACUACAAGAUCUGCAACAGCGACAAGGUGUACGAGGGCUACCUGACCCCACGGAUGAUGUGCGCCGGGUACCUGCAGGGAGGGAAAGAUGCGUGCCAG